CCACCGUCAACAACAACCCGCUCUCUCCCGCUCUCCCGCUCUCCCUCCCACCCGCUCCUCUCCAGUCGCCAAUGCUGCGCCAACACCAUGGCCCCGCUUGAGCAGCAUUGGGUCAUCGUCCAGCAAAAGACCUUCACCAAAUGGCUUAACAGCAAACUCUCCGUGCGGAACCUCGUCAUAACCGACCUCUGUCCAGACCUCUCCGAUGGCGUCCUCCUCAUCCACCUCCUCGAGAUCCUCAGCCAGGAAUCCCUCGGCCGCUAUGCCUCCAAGCCCAAGCUGCGCGUGCAGCGCUUCGAAAAUGUCAACAAGGCGCUGGACUUCGUUAAGGGGCGUGGCAUCCAGAUGGUCAACAUGGGCGCCGAGGAUGUCGUCGACGGCAACAAGAAGAUCAUCCUCGGUCUGAUCUGGACGCUGAUUCUCCGCUUCACCAUCAGCGACAUCAACGCCGAAGGUUUGAGCGCCAAGGAGGGCUUGCUGCUGUGGUGUCAGAGGAAGACUGCUUGCUACGACGAGGUUGAAGUUCGCAACUUCUCGGACAGCUGGAAUGACGGCCUGGCUUUUUGCGCUUUGCUUGAUAUCCACCGCCCCGACCUCAUCGACUAUGACGCCUUGGACAAAAACGACCACCAUGGCAACAUGAAGCUAGCUUUCGAAAUUGCCUCCAAGGAGAUCGGCAUCCCAGACUUGCUUGAUGUCGAGGACGUUUGCGACGUCGCCAAACCGGAUGAGCGCUCUUUGAUGACCUACAUCGCCUACUGGUUCCACGCUUUCUCGCAGAUGGAGCGCGUCGAAAACGCCGGUCGUCGUGUGGAGAAAUUCGUGCAGAACAUGCACGGCGCCUGGCAGAUGCAAAACGACUUCGAACGCCGGAUGAGGGAGCUUUUGCGUCAAAUUGCCGAGCAGAUCAAACGCUGGCAAGAAGCUACUUUUGAAGGCACAUACACUGACGCCAAGCUCCAAUCGAGCGAGUUCACGUCGUAUAAGCGCAGCCAAAAGCGGAAGUGGGUAGCGGAGAAAUCGGACUUGGUGGGCCUUUUGGGCAACAUUAAAACGAAGCUCAGCACAUACCGGCUGCGACCGUAUACACCGCCGCCAGAGUUGAGCCCGGAAGCCCUCGACAUGGCUUGGGGAGGACUGCUGAAAGCGGAGCGCGAGAGGAGCCAGAUCAUCAACGAGACCAUUCGAGACAUCAAGAAUGCUCUCCGUCGAUCUUUCGCUGACAAGGCGAAUGAUCUGGCACUUGCGCUCAACACACUGUCCACCUCGCUUUCUGGCCUCGAGGGCGAGGUAGAAGACCAAUUGCAGCAUACCCAAAGACUCAGCGAGAACCUCCAACCGCUGGACGAAUUCCUCGACAUAAUCUCAGAUAUCGACCAGCAGUGCCUAGAGGCAAACAUUGAGGAGAAUGACUUCACGACCUACACAUACGAUGAGCUCGAUUAUGAGCUUGGUUUGGUGAAGUCCAGCGUAUCGAAGAAACUUGCUUUCUUGGAGAACCAGAUGGUCGCGCGCAACAUGACCAAUCUCACGCCCAUCCAACUCGAAGAAUUCGAAUCUGUGUUCCGACAUUUCGACCGCGAUGUCAGCAACUCGCUGACGGAGCUCGAGUUCUCGGCUGCACUUGCUAGUUUGGGUCUUGUGUACGACGAGGAUGAAAUGCACGAGAAGUUUCUCGAAACGAGCGAUGGCAAUCACUUUGUCACGUUCGAACAGUUCAUUCGAUUCAUGGUCGACGAGACGGAGGAUCAGAACACGGCAGAGCAGGUUUUCGACAGCUUCCGGGAGGUUGCAGACGGCAAGCCGUACGUUACCGAACUCGAUCUGCGGCAUUCGCUUGUGCCUGACGAGAUCAUCGAGGAUUUGAUUUCGACCAUGCCGGAGCACAAGGGUCCCGACCUGCAGGAGGAUCGCGAAUUGGCCAAGUACGACUACGUGGAGUUCAUGAACCGCUUCUUGUCGGGACAGUCGAGAGCAGAGCGUAAUGGCGAAGACGUGGAGGAGGUGGGGGAGGUGUACGAGGAGGAGGAGUGAUUGAGGGAGUGAGGGAGUAGAAGUGGUAGCAGUAGUAGUAAUGAUGGGCGCGUUGGGCGGGGGCGUUGGAUUUGCGUAGGUAUACCGAAGCGUAGCUGCGGCUGCGGUGGCGGCGGCAUUGGAGCGGACGGCGUUUUGAAUAUACUACAUAACACCUUUGGGUGUCACGGGUCUGUAAUUAGAACAAUGGAAGCGUGGUCGACCGCUGACGGGAGGAGGGCGUUGUGUGAAGCGGGGACGGCGGGCCUGAAACAAGAGGGUGUUGCGACGGGCGGCGAGAGCAGAUCUCAAUCCUUUGGUGCAG